AUGUCCCUCUCUCUCUUCAACCGCAACCAGGUCCCCCAUGAUCCCUCUGCUGUCCCUCGCCGUCGCUUCACUCCGGCCUACGCCGCUCUCACCCUCAAAGUUACGCUCUCCAAGGAAGCGCUGGAGGACGUCUACGAGCGCAUCAUCAUUGGCAUUAUCAUCAAGCAUGAUGAGAUCAACGAGGGUAUCGCCCACAUGAGCUUUUCUCGCGAGGGCCGCGCUGCCUUCGACGAGGCCAGCAAGUGGGGCGAUUCGGUGCCGCCACCCACCGUGGCCAACUUUCAUCACUGCUACGACCUACUCUACGACCUCACGCACGCCCACCAGUUCGACCAGCACAAGAUCAACAGUCGCGUCUUCACUGCUCAAGUCAACAGCACCAUCGACAUGGUUCGCAGCCUAUAUGGCCUACCGCCUGGCACACCGAUCGUGGCACGAGGAUUCCAGCACAUGGAGACCCAACUCGCCCUGUGCGUCCUCCAUGGCCGUAUCCUUGAGGACUUUGCCCAGAGUGACGGGCUUUCGGUACGCUUGAAGACCCACUACGCCGUCGACGACACUAUCGUCCUCAUCCACGGGCUCAUUGACGCCGUCUCUGAGAUGCAGGCGGCUGGCAGCAUCGUCCUCCCCAUGCCACCCAACACGACCUUCAAGUCUCACGCUCAGCUGAAGGCAGACGUAUCGCAGUACCUCGGAACCAAGAUUACUGUCUACCUCCAAGCACGCGCAGCUCUCCCUCCUCACAUUCGCGAGCGUGGGAUCCGCUCGUUGACGAAGGCAAAGGUUGUGGAGUGGGUGAAGAUCGGGUUCCCGCAAUGGUCCAAUGCUCGUGCGGCCAUCCAUGCCGAUAAGAAGGUGAAGGGACGUCUUUGGUCAACCAAUGCAGUUGGGACCGUUGUCCACCGAACGGAGAGGCGCCGUUAUUCCUCGGCCCAGUACUUCCCAACGUUCCCUCUCGUGGUCGCUUCCACCACGGAUGACUUCUCGGUAGUCAAGCCAACUGCACCCGCUACCACUCCGGCUCCCCGGGUCCCAGCGGAGCGUCGCCUCACUCCCGCCCCGACCAGCCCUGGCGUCGCUGGCGUGCUCUUGACCUUCCCCUCGACCCCUCCCACCAACAUUCGGCCGGUCUCACCAGCCACGAUGUCAAGUGUCGGUGAGCCUCUUCCGAGGGUCAACCGCCACCAUACCCCCGAGCCCCUGGUCAGCGGAGACGUCAGCAUCAGCGUGACGCAGGUUGUUCACGGCCACAUGGGACAAGCGGGACACUUCACAGAGUACAGCUACCAUGGGGAGCAUGGGGAGGCGCUCGGAGGAGCCUUUGACCGCCCGGAGGAGGAGUCAUCGGACGUCCACGGGUCGACGGCAUCGGAAGAGAUCCAGGACGUUCCUGGGGCCGUUUCGUACCGGCGCCAUGACGGCAGCCUCGGGCUGUUCCAGUUCGCCCCAGUUACGGGCCACGACGCUGCGGUUGAAGCGAUGCGCACUGGAGUCGGAAUCUACGACUCGAUCGGGGCUCCUGAGGGAAGUUCCUCAUCAGCUGGCGGUCAAGGCACGCCUGACGCGAGGUCCCCGCCACCACCUGUGCGUCGCCGUGGUUUCAACGAGUAUGCGACCUGA